AAAGAGUCAAAAAGUAGUAACUCAAGUAACAGUAGUUUAAUCAUCAAGUUGAGUUGAGUAGAAAAGAGAGCACAAAUCAAAAGAAACCCCAGCUCACUCAAACUGAAGACGAACAAUAAUGGCGGUUUCUGUCUCCAUUUUCGCCAUAGUCAUUGCUCUUCAUCUCAUUGCUUUCGUCUUUGCUGUUGGCGCUGAACGACGUCGUAGCACGGCACAAGUAGUUCCAGACCAGUAUGACGAGCGUACGUACUGCAAAUACGAUUCAGACGCUUCGACUUUGUACGGAUUAGCUGCGUUUGGAUUGCUUCUUAUUAGUCAUUUGUUGAUUAAUGGAGUUACUAAGUGUUUUUGUUUUGGGAAAGGUCUUGUUAAUGGUGGUUCCACUACUUGGGCUAUUUUUUUCUUCAUCUUUUCAUGGGUGACCUUCCUGGGUGCAGAAGCAUGUUUGGUUGCGGGUUCAGCAAGAAAUGCAUAUCACACGAAGUACCGAGGUGUCUUUGGUGGAGAAAGUAUAUCUUGUGCUACCCUCCGCAAGGGAGUUUUUGCUGCAGCAGCUGCACUGACAUUGCUGUCGAUGGUUGGGUCUGUCGUCUACUACUGGAUCCAUUCCAAGGCUGACACUGGUGGUUGGCAGAGGCAUCGGAAUGAAGGUAUUGGAAUGACAGUCUCAGAUACGACUCAGCCGCCCCAACAUCAGACAGGUGAUUUCAGCAAGCCGUAAUGUUCCUAUGAUCGGGUUUUGGUAAUCGACACAGUUUUGACUGUACAAUUGAUUACACAAGGUUCUAAACGAAGUCAGAAAUGACUUUCUAGUAAUAUGUGCUGAUAUAUACAUAUAUAUCUAUGUAUGUCAUGAUAUAAGUUGGUUCAACAAUUGAUAUCUAUAUACAUAAUGAAGUAGAUUGUUGUGUUUAUUCAUGUACUAAAGCUGUAUAUUAAUCUUUUAAUGGAUCGUUGGACUCU